UCCAAGCCAACACAAGCUCAGCCGAUUCUGUGCGGCACACGCAGACGCUUCGGCUGAGUACACUCUACUUGUUCGUCGAGGUUUGCUGAACUAGGAGCGGUAGAAACGGAGCACUGACAGCUGUUGGAGUGGUGGUCGAAUUACUCGUUAAAGUUCAUAUUAUACAUCACGUUCGCGCUCCGUAACCUGUACGUGCCCCUCAGCUCAUCCUACAAAGCUGCCACCGAUGUGCUGCUUGUGUCGGUGGUGUCCUAGCUGUUACAGAUUUUCAGCUAUUCACAAAGUCCAAGGCUCUCCUGAGGUGUUAAAUAUGGGUUGAAUGCGAGCACCACAGUACUUUCAAGGGUGAAAAAAGCCGCAAGAAAAAGACCUUGCAUGUUCGUCGUCAGUCAUCGAAGAGAUGUGUGGCUUCAAAUGAGACCCCGUACCAUGACUCCACAAAAAAUUGUGAUGACUGUUCUAGUCUCACUAUGGCUUGCAUCUGUUUGCGAGUCAGCAUUUGAAAAAUCUACCCGAACAUCGACUCAGGCGUCAGCUGUGCAGAUAUCCAACGGUUCGUCGAACGCAGCGGUCAACAUAACAAUGUCGAUAUCCAAUGGAACGGACAGCAAUGUUUCAACAGUUGCUGUGACAGCAUCAGUCCUUCCUGCCCAGCCAGCAGAACCAGUUCUUCCACAGAAGGAAUCUGCUGAAGAAGAGCACCACUCCAGCAUGACUAUAUUCUUUGCUCUCAGUGUUAUAGCGGUGUGCAUAUUGAUGAUUCACUUUUUGAUCCAGGCCAACUUCGAAUUCCUUCCUGAAAGUGUUGUUGUUGUACUCAUUGGUGCCCUGAUAGGCCUAUUUUUGAAGUUAAUCUCAAGUCAGCACCUUGGAAACUGGCAGAAAGAAGAGGCUCUCAGUCCAACUAUGUUUUUUCUGGUUCUUCUGCCACCCAUAAUCUAUGAAUCUGGCUACAACCUACACAAGGGUAACUUUUUCCAAAACAUUGGCUCUAUCCUGGUAUUUUCUAUUGUUGGCACAACCAUCUCCGCACUGGUUAUUGGGGGUGGUGUUUACUUGCUUGGCUUGGCUGAUGUGGCCUACAGGUUGGACUUCACUGAAAGCUUUGCAUUUGGCUCUCUUAUUUCGGCUGUGGAUCCUGUAGCAACCUUGGCUAUCUUUCAUGCUUUGGACAUAGACCCAGUUCUCAACAUGUUGGUAUUUGGCGAGAGCAUCCUUAAUGAUGCUGUCUCUAUUGUACUUGCCACGACCAUUUUGGAGUCUGGAAGCCCAAGCAUGGUUUCUCUGACAACAGGGCAACUUGUUUUACAUGGUGUUCAACGCUUCUUUCUUGUUUUCUUCUGCUCUGCUGCUAUUGGGGUGGCCUUUGCCUUAGCAGCAGCUCUGCUGCUAAAAUAUAUAGACCUACGCAAGAAUCCCUCCCUUGAAUUUGGAAUGAUGUUGGUGUUUGUGUAUGCUCCUUAUGGGCUUGCAGAAGGCAUACACCUAUCAGGUAUCAUGGCGAUACUCUUCAAUGGUGUCGUCAUGUCUCAUUACACCCACUUCAAUUUGUCUUCAGUGACUCAGAUUACAAUGCAACAAACACUGCGGACUAUUUCACUUAUUGCUGAGACUUCAGUGUUUGCCUACCUGGGUCUUGCCAUAUUCAGCUACCGACUUAUCAUCAAGCCUUCUCUUAUAAUAUGGAGCAUUAUACUUUGUCUGCUUGGGCGAGCAGCAAACAUAUACCCAUUGUCAUUUCUAAUGAACUACUUCAGAGAGCACAAGAUUACCAAAAAGAUGAUGUUUAUCAUGUGGUACAGUGGGCUCAGAGGUGCCAUUGCAUAUGCUUUGGCUAUGCAUUUGGACUUUGAUGAUGAGAAACGCCACGUGGUUGUGACAACAACACUCAUAAUAGUGCUCUUCACAAUACUGGUUAUAGGUGGCUCCACAAUGCCUCUCUUGAAGUUUUUGAAGGCAGACAAACAGACCACAAGAAAAAAGCGCCGAAGAGCACGACAAGUCACUCUAAGCAAAACCAAAGAAAUGGGUCAAACAAUUGAUGCAGAGCAUCUGUCUGAACUGACAGAAGAGGAAUAUGAAGUCAACUUCAUGAAAAGCAACAUCAAGGGCUUUAUUCUGCUGGAUUUAAAGUACCUCAUUCCAUUCUUCACUCGCCGGUUUACCCAGAAGGAGGUGCAGGACGGCAAGAUCCAAAUGACUGACCUGACCAACCAGUGGUACCAAGCCAUUCGCGCUCCCAUUGAUGAAAGUGAAAAUGAAGACUCUGAAAUCAAUAGUGUUUAGGAGUCUGUGGCUUGCUGUGCUGUUACUUUCUUAAUGAAUGUGAGAAGGUAGUGUUUUUUUUUUAGUCUUGUUAAUCUGUAUGUGGCAAGAGAUCUUGCAUUUGCUUUCUUCAUUGCAAGUAUAAUUCAAGAAUUUUUUAAUUUAAAAUGUUGAUAGUCAGAUGUGUGCUGUGGUAUAUACUCUUUAUGAUAAUUGACAUUAAGCACAUGUGAUAGCAUCUUGACAAAAAUGCAUGCAUGUUUAGCGAGUUGGAACUAGGUAAACACACCACUUAUGGAUACCUAUCUUUUAGGUCGGAGGGUUCCUAUGUGGCACAUUGUGCUGGAAACAUAUCACUGAACUGAUGUCUUGCACCAAGUACAGUGUGGCCUACAUAUGCCAUCAUUGUUUAUAAUAUAGGAUCAAGUGCAAUGCAGCUCCUUCAGUCCACAAAGCAUUAAACUACUCGCCUACUGCUUUAAAACCAACUGCUUGAAGAAAAGUGCAUCCUACGAUGCACUCUCUAGACUUUCCUGCAUUGCACAUGGCAGACAAGGCACUGUUCUGAGCACGACAGCAACCUCGUAAAUGACAUGCAUAUAUUGGCAAGAAGCUGGCAGAGGAAAAGAAAGAUGAAAGUAAAAUUUUGUGGCACCUUUUGAUGAGGCAUCAUCUGAAACCACAUGACAUAAUUACUGUUCAUUGCAUCUGUUAUGUUCUGUUAUCAUUCACCGCGGUUGCUGCUGUUACCAUGGCUCCACAUGUGGUCACAUGUGGAGCCAUGGUAACAGCAGCAACCAUGGUGAAUGAUGAGUACUUGUGGGGAGCGUCAGAUGUGCUGUAGCAGCAGCAUGAAAUGCACAAACGCAUGAAUCUGUGCUUAUCACUGAGACAGUGUUUCACAGGAGUUAUUGUUGCCUCGCCUAGAUAUGCAUCACAGAAAAAUUCGUUGAUUUUUCGUAUCUUUUGCUGCUCUAGUGUAUUGUAUACUUCUUAGAAUGCCUUGCAAAUGCCAGCUGCAUGUACUGUUAAGAGCAAUAGCCUAGUACCACUCGAGCAGCUACCAUCACUGCACCAUCUCGCAACAUAGUUGUGCAGUUUGGCCACUACGUUAGUCAAAGUGCAGUGUUGUUCUUGAGAGUACACUUACUUGAAAAAUACAGGUUUAUGGUUGUACUGUAAUACCAUUUAUACCAUAAACCGUUGAGACUCCUGCCGCACAUGUUUAAGUGGUCUACACUGAAUGUCAGUCAUGCUAUGUCAUGGGGCUGCACUGCUGAAAGCUACAGAACUCAAGGAAGCAUAAAACAAAUGCAGUAGACUUCCAUUAAUCCAACGCUAGCUAAUUAAAUUUUUUGUUUAAUUUGAUCUCAUGGGAAGGUCCUGACCAUCAUUAUUACAUCCAUAUGAGCCAUGCCUUUUUUUUUGUAUUGAUGAUCUACAAUGUGGCAUGCAUAAAAUAAUUUGACAUCAAGUGAUGCGGGCAUGUGCUCUAUGCACCACUGCUGGCAGCCAAAAAGUAAAAAUCGUGUCAGAGUGGCUAGCGAGACAUGGAAUAUCACAAGUACAAGAGUGGCAAGGAACACAAAUGUCUAGCAAGCAAACACAGAGAUAAAGGAGCCAUUUGUUCCUGCAACGGCUGCUCAACCGAAGUCUGCCCAUUUGAUAUGUAUGUGUGAUGUCACACCCCAGCCAGGACUGUGCAGCUCAUCAUUAUCGCCAUGAUUUUAGUGCCAGCAAUCAGAAAGUAAAGAGCCAAAACACGAUAGAAUGAAUGCAAGAAGAGGGGGGCUAUCAGCUAAGAUGUGCAGUUUGCUAAAAGAGUGUACAGGUAGAGGUGAAUUUUUUGUUUAUAUUUAUUCCAUACAGGAAGCAGGGCUAGAUAAUUGUACAGGAGGUUCACUUGGAGAGAGAGCAAGAGUGAACCAAGGAAGCAGGCAGGGCAAAGGACAGUUAGGAACUUACCUUCUAGGUAACAGCUGGGAGAUGUAGCAGGUCCAUAAUGAGAUGCGAUAUCCCACCAAAGGCACUGAAUUGCGACCCACAGUUGGCACCACCUCAUUAAACUUAGUAAGCACCAACAGCAAGCGAAAGUUUACAGUCCAGUGGCUAGUGACCAUGUAUACUUGAGCAGCAGUACAAAGGACAAGAGCUGUGGUAAUUCCAAGAUAACAUAUUGAUGUGUCUGGGUGAGCAGUCAAGCUAGGCCUGAUGCAAGAGAGGUGUUGUUGCAUGAAACAUGUCUGAAUACAUUAGCAGGCUGUGCGUCCUGCUUCAUGAAGCAUUUUUCUUUUUCUGAUAAUGCAGAAACAGCUGCUGAUUAUCACAGAAUAAUUAGGCAAACAGAAACAUAGAACAUUUGGACGUCUUGAUGCCUUCUAAUACAAUCUGUCAGAUAAUUGGACUGAGUUUCAUGCUCCCAUUCCCAUUAAAGUCGAAGUAACAGAUGUCAACUGUAGUGCUUUUAGUAUUCUUUUGCUGUCACAUUUUGUUUUAGGUUAUGUGUGGGGCAACCUCAUUGCUGCUAUCUUUCUUCUGGUCGUCAGUUGUGUUUUUCUUCUUAGAGCAUGCAGCGCUCAAACUUUUUCUUGUAUUUGUCAAAAAUUGAAUUAGCCAUGAUAAAGGUUAGCAGUCAUUGAGACUGCACAGGCUGGUAUCAUGAUUAUCUUACCUUGAUGCUAUGGAGGUCCUUGUCAUGUGUCAAGUUGCCUGAACCUUGCAUAUGGAACUUGUAGCACUCUCUCAGCUGCAGUAGUGGUCAAGUAUCAGCUGUAGCAGUUGUGCUGCCUGUUACAUUCUUUCUUUCCCCCUUUUUCGUGCUUUAUUGUGCUGCCACUUCGGGAAUUAAACAGCCGCAUCAGCUGCAUGAGGAAUUGCUGCCCUCUGGUAGCAGCCGAAAAUAACAGCGUAAUUUUGAAGUGAUAAAUCUGGUGCAAUAUAUACAACACAUUAAAGAUGGCAGUUCUCAGGUUCAUGUGUAAGAAAUAAUACCUGGGGAAUAAUGCACACAGAAAUUUCUUUGUAGAAAAAAAAAUCACUGUGCAUGGUGUAACAGCGUUAAAUUUUUUGUUGUUUACAUUUUAUUUGAAUUAAAAGCCACUGCUUACAGCUGAUUGAAGUAAGCUGUAGUGUAAGCAGGGAAGUUUGAGACAGUUUUACAGAAUAGAACAGAUUUUGUGGUUAUCAUUUUGUUACCAAUUUUUUUGUCUCGCCAUGCUAUUGCAGUAACAGUGAUAUUGCCAAAGAGGGAGGCAGUAGUCAUGUGUAUUUUACAGCAUAUUUAACCCAUCUAUGCUAUCGUUCAUUGUUGACCAACCUAUUGCAUGAAAGUGCCAUCAUUUCUUGCAGGCCUGUUGUACUUUGUGUGAAACAGAAAUGAACUUUUUUUUUAUUUUGUAUAGUGUAACUUGAUGUAAAUGGAAAUUUUAUACAUUAUGUAAUGCCUAAGAAAUUAUUAGUAGUAUAAACUGUCUCAGGUAGUUCUUGAGUACCUUGCAGUGGGAGUACACUUACAUAAACACCUCAAAGGGCAGCAUUCAUAGGUAAUGUUUUCAUAUAUCUUACUUUUGAGAAAUUGACAAAUUUAACUGCUUAUAAUCGGAAACUUUUACCUGCUCCAUAGUGAUUCCUCUUGGAGAGUGUUUUAGGCAAAUUGGUCUUUGGAAAGAAACAAAAUAUUCUAUACAUAUGUACAAAUGAUUCAUGAAUAAUGUGUGUGUUCAUUUCUGUCGUUCUCUUUGGUCACCUAGCUAGUAAAUCUUAGCUGAGUUGUGCUACUUUUCAAAGCAGCCUCAGUGCCAAGACUCUCGCUGCAUGUCUUGCAGUAAACAGUAUACAUGAACUACUAACAUUUUGUUCUAUCUUAUUAAUUAAUUACCUGCAGCACAGUGGCAUAUGGUAUUUCCCAAUUCACUGAAAAGCCUUCAGUAUUAAUAAAUACAAGUAGCCUUUCUCAUGAAAUAAAAGGAAAGACAUUGUAAAUGUUGUUUGGUUACAUCUGUGCCAUGAAGGGACUGACAACUGGCCAGAAUGUGUUGUGAGUUGUUAAUAAAAAUGAAAUGACCUAGAUUUAUAGCUGUGGAGAAAGCUAUAUUUUGUUUAUCAAGCUGAUGUUCCUGCAGUUAAUGUUUUAUGAACUAUUGAAAUAUAUUCACAAUAAUAGGUGGUGUCCGAAUCUACACCCCAGCGACAUUAUUUUUUUAAAAUCCAGCACGCUGUUUGUGAGUUAAGUAGGAAUUAUAAUUUCAGAUUGGCAAAAGAAAGUCUCAACAACUAGUGUUCCUGUAUGCGGGAGCAUAUGCAGGGAUGCUAUCAAAAACCAGUAAGUGGUAUGGCCUGGCGGCGAAGUCUUGGUACUUCGGAUGUAGUAUACGAGAUUACACUAUGUAAGUCAGCUGUUAUCAUGCAUAGCAUACUUGAUGCUUAAAAUUGCAGUUCGUAUAUUAUUAGGCUCUUGCACUUUAUUCUAUGCAUAUUACAAAGUAAAAAAAAGUGUACACCAGCGAGCGAUGCUGCCUUCAUGGUAAUGAAUGGAGUGGCAAAACGGGCAGGGCUGUUCGGUGCAUUGUGCUGCACAGGCUGUUGUACACAUGCAAGUUUUUUCAUUGGUACCCCAUGUUAUGCGGUCUCUGUGGCAUAUAAAAUGCCAUUGAUGAAUUGUGCCGUGAAUGGGUGCCAGCAGUGCUUCCAUUGCAGUGCUGGCAUAUCCUGGCUUGGCUAAAAAAGAAGCCUGGCGCAGGCAGCCAGCAAAAGCAUGGCUUUCGAUAUCGGUUUGUGUUACCUGGAGGGAGCCAUUGUUGCAGCACAGAUUUGGACACAACCUAUUAUUGUAACAAUAUUUCACUGCUUCAAAAAAAUAUGAACCGUAGGAGCAUCGGCUUGAUAAACAAAGUAUAACUUUUUUACAGCUAGAGCCUCACUUUUCGUUCGGUUCCCACCAAUACUGGCGCAUAAUCGCUAUGGCGCUCAUCUAUCACUAUUUCCAGCAUGUUUCUUGAACAUGACUGCAUCCUCAGUGCAGAUUAAAAAAUUCAUAUUAAAUAAUUUUCCACGCAUUUUUCACAUAACCACUAUAUGAUUGGACAGUCAGACCAGUAAGCUUUCGAUUGCACUAAACAAACGGCUACCAUAAAAAUUGCUUGUCAGUCCCUUUAAUGGGGUUGGUGCUUAAGACAUACCGUGGUUUUAAGAUGAUGAUGUAGCCCACUUAGGUUCAGAAUAUUUUAUUGGAGAAACCUAUGUCUACUGUGUAAACCAACUUAAGAUACAAUACAAAGUGCUAAAUUUUUCUUUCCUUGUUUUUCAUGUUAAACCACAAGCUGUAUUUAUUGCCUUAGUUUUGUCAAAUACGGUUCUCUGUACAUUUACAACCUCAAUCUCAUGCUAGUGCUUUAGCAACAUUGUUCAUGUAGUGACAAAGGGGUAGUUUUUCUGUGUAAACCAGAUGGUGUGUUAAAGACUAGAUUUUUACUAGAUUUGAGGCCCACAUUUUGAGCCUCUGUAGCAUUUUCAUGCACUUAGAGUUUUUGUGCAGAUAGACAACCACUAUAAUCUGCAUUGCAGUUGUUCCUGAGCUGGCCUAAAUAUGUGCCUCCUGCAUUCCGCCCAUUAAUGUAGCAUGGGUUAGCAUCAGACUGCAUGGUUGCAUAAAGUCACCACAAGUUUCAUCAUGACAGGUUGUCUAGAGGCUUGCGAGCUCACCACGCAGUAUGCAGAUGACAUAUGACACCCCAAAUCUUUCUCUCCGUGUCCCUAAUAUAUCAUCUGCAGCAGUGUCAGUCGGGUUGAAUAAAUGUUUCAUUGCAUAGGAGAUAGCUCUUUGGCCUAAUGCACGAGAAGAAGGGUAGAAGGUUUUAGUUAAUGAUUUGGAAAGACAAGGCAUGCUGCAAGACGCAGUUUGAAUCAAUUAAAUUUGUGCGUGAAUUUGCUAUACACACAAUGGAAUACUUCAUUGAACAAGUAUGGUGUUUUAUUUCACAAUUGUUGAGUGAAGAAAUGAUCGUGUAUUGACGUAAUAUUUCUGUGGAAACCCGCAAGGUGGAGAGAAGCAAUUAAUAAAGGGAAAGUGAGACAUCCACCCAAACGUAGCUAAGUGCUGCAAAGGAAACCCAUACAGGUUCCUCGAAAGAAAAGCUCCACAGUUGAAGAAAAAUUCGUCCUGGUCCAGGACCAGACCAGACAGACAGACAGACAAUGAACUUUAUUUGAUCCUGAGGAGCUUCAGCGGAGGCCCCUAUCGGGGACCCGCGGAAGCCGCUGGCCGCGUCCAAGUCGGGGCAGGAAUGCCGUGAUGUUCCGCCCUUUCUCGGGCCCUCUGGAUUGCCUCUUGUUGUGUCUGGAGCGAUGGGCUCCGGAGUGCCUCUUGCCAGUCGGCUUCGCUGGAGAGGACCAGACCAAAAAAAUUUUUCUUCAACUGUGAAGCUUUUUUUUUAAGAAACCUGUAUGGGUUUCCUUUGUAGCACUUAGCUACAUUUGGGUGGAUGUCUCACUUUCCCUUAAUUGAUCCAGUGUAUUGUUUCAACUUCAUCAGAUUAGCCCAAAUCAUGGCUACAUGCUAUUCUAGUUUACAGCCUCAGCACACCCGAUGUGUAUCUGCAUACACCCGACAUUGUGCAAUACAGACCAUGCAUGCAAUUCACUGUAACAGCAGUAUGCUGGCAAAUGAAGCAUUCAUGGCAGUGGCGUAGCCAGGGGGGUGCUGACCAAGCUUCAUGCCCCCCACUUCCCCUGCUACCCUGCUUCCUUUUAUGCCUGGCAUGUCGCCUAUGAACGAAUGCGCAUAUUCCGCGAACCACCCCAGACAAGUACAGCAUGGUACAUGCCUUCAGGCUGACCAAAGACCUGCUCAAGGUGAAUGUUGUAUUAUUAUGCACCAAGCAUGGGAUACUUAACAGAGAAUAAUGAAACUUUAGCCUCCUCCGAAAAAAAAAAAAAAUCCUGGCUACAUGCCUGAUUCAUGGCAAGGUAAACUGCAUAGCUAAGCGCACCAACAAAGUUUGCAUAUUAUGCAGCACACUUUUCCUUUUUAACAACAUUUUAGUGCUGUUUACGGCUGAGGAAUGAGUUUUAUUUCUCUUAGUGCAAUUUUUCCCACUUUAAAACCAUUGAGUGCACUUACUAUGCCAUAUUUCACAUGUAAUGGCAGUAUUACUUUUUAUAACCCCUUCUUUCUUAAUUUGCAGCCUACUGAAGGUAUGUGUUAUCCGUUAUGAAAAUUGAGUUCGUGUGUGCAAUACUAUGAACAUUUCAUUGAUUGUGGCAUAGCGCUGCAUGCCUCGUAGUGCUGAAGGUUUCAGUGUGCUGCAAGAUUUAAUCAGUCAUCAGAACAAAGCAGAAGGCAAAUUUUAAGAGUUAGUAAGACUUGAAAUUUUGGCUAUCACAUUGAUUGAAUCAUGGAACAAAAGUUUAUUUCACUAAUAAAUGCAUCUUGCUUUUUGUAAAUGCAAGCCUUUGAAGUGACACUGUGUAUAUAGCAGUUAGGAAAUUGGCACAUUUGCCAAGAAAGGAUAAACUUUUGUAUGACAAACUAUGCCGUAAUGCAGCUGUAUUGUAUUACGUACAUAAACAGGAGACGUACAGCUGCCUCUGUGAUUAACUUUGUUUUCCAUUUUUUGUUGUAAUCUGCAGAACAAUUUAUGAAUGUCUAAAGUGCAACUAGAAAGGAAAGUGUAGCCAUACAAUAUGCGAAUAUCCUUGUGAUGGUUUAUGUUGCCUUUUUUACAUGCUAAUAAAAAUGUAUUUCAUAUUGUUUGAAA